CGAAACGAGAAAGAAAGCAGAGCCAUGCUCUCUGCUAUUUCUUCUUCCCUCCUUAUCCCCAAUAAGCCCCUCCUAACCCGCGCUCUCCUCCGAUGCCCCAUCCUCGCCACAAACCCUAGGGCCCUCUCUUCUCUCUCUACUGCCUCCGCCUUAAGCAACAAUGCCGCCGCCGCCGCCGCCGGAGGUCGUACUGGCGCAGUGUCUCCGGCGUCGGUCACGGAGGAGGACCUGCAGCAGAGGAUCGACGUGAACCCUCCCAAGGGCACCAGGGACUUCCCGCCGGAGGAGAUGCGCCUCCGCAGCUGGCUCUUCUCUAAUUUCAGAGAGGUUUCGCGCUUGUUUAGCUUCGAGGAGGUGGAUUUUCCGGUGCUCGAGUCGGAGGCUCUGUUCAUUAGAAAAGCCGGCGAGGAGAUUCGAGACCAGCUGUAUUGUUUCGAAGAUAGAGGAAAUCGUCGUGUUGCCCUCAGGCCGGAGCUCACUCCUUCGUUGGCCAGGCUGGUGAUACAGAAAGGAAAAUCUCUAUCGCUUCCAUUGAAAUGGUUUGCAGUGGGGCAGUGCUGGCGGUAUGAGAGAAUGACAAGGGGGCGGCGAAGGGAGCAUUACCAGUGGAAUAUGGAUAUUAUCGGUGUGCCUGAGGUUACGGCUGAAGCGGAACUUAUUUCUGCUAUUAUCACUUUCUUCAAGCGAUUAGGAAUUACAGCUUCGGAUGUUGGAUUUAAGGUUUCAAGUCGAAAGCUUUUACAAGCAGUAUUGAGCCGUUACUCCAUACCUGAAGCUUUGUUUGGAAAGGUUUGCAUCAUCAUAGACAAGAUAGAGAAGCUUCCAUUGGCAGAAAUUAAAAAAGAGCUAGAAUCCAUUGGUGUAUUAGAAGAGGCAAUUGAGCAGUUAUUGCAAGUACUUUCCAUAAAGUCAUUGACAGAGCUGGAAGAGAUACUUGGAGAUUCUGGGGAAGCAGUUGCUGAUCUGAAGCAGCUGUUCUCUCUUGCUGACAAAUUUGGUUAUUCUGAAUGGAUUCAAUUUGAUGCUUCUAUUGUUCGUGGCCUUGCCUACUAUACUGGUAUAGUCUUCGAGGGUUUUGAUAGAGGAGGAAAGUUGCGAGCCAUUUGUGGUGGUGGCCGAUACGACCGGUUGCUCUCUACCUUUGGUGGUGAUGAUAUUCCUGCUUGUGGCUUUGGAUUUGGUGAUGCUGUCAUAAUAGAAUUGCUCAAGGAGAAGGGUCUUCUGCCAGAACUUGGCCUGCAAAUAGAGAACAUUGUAUGUGCUCUGGAUACUGGACUGCAAGGUGCAGCUGCAACAGUUGCCACCAUACUUAGGGAGAAAGGUCAAAGUGUCGACUUGGUCUUGGAGAGCAAACCACUUAAAUGGGUAUUCAAGCGUGCUUCACGAGUAAAUGCCAACAGGCUGAUCUUGGUGGGAGUUUCAGAGUGGCAAAGGGGGAUGGUGGGUGUAAAAAUUCUGUCUACUGGUGAACAGCAAGAGAUCAAACUUGAUGAACUAGAUUGAUUACACAUUAAGUAUUUGGAGGUUGUACUGUUUGUGAUUUUUUUUUAGGUAGGCUCAGUGCAGUAAUUUUUUCCCAAUCUAUCAUAGUUUCGGGUCAAAAUAUUAAUGAAAUGGCUAUUUUGUACUGUUGGUUUUAAUAAAGUUUGACAUAUGUUGACUUC